AGGGAUGUAUCCUAUUCCGUAGGGAGGUAGCCUUGUCCUUGACAUUUACGUGAUUUAGUGAACGAAACUGCAUUUCUGUUUCUAUGUAGCCGGCAGUGGAAUUUCUUAAAAUUAACAAACUUCAGGUUUAGGCUUUAGCUCAUUUCUUUUUUUGUCUCUUUCCCCUUGUUGUUUUUCCAUUUUUUGUGGCUCUACAUGCUUAUGCUUAUGCUGCAGGCCCCUUAGCAUAAUUGUUUUUUGCCCUCAACAUCCUUUAGCAAUAUUUAUCUAUAACAAUCACCCUUCCCUAUGUCCACUAUUUUUAUUAUGUGGGGAGAGAGAGAGAGAGAGGUCUUUAAGAAUCUUCUGGCUCUUUCUGCCAUCUUUCCGUGCCACCAUAAUGGUGCACGUGAGCAUCCUGGCUGAUGCUCUCAAGAGCAUAAUGCCAAAAAGAGAGGCAAAUGCCAGGUUCUUAAUUAGGCUGAGCUCCAAAGUCAUCGUCCACUUUCUAACUGUGAUGAUGAAGCAUGGUUAUAUUGGCAAAUUUGAAAUCAUUGAUGAUUACAGAGCUGGGAAUAUUGUUGUAAACCUAAUAAGCAAGUUAAACAAAUGUGGAGUGAUCAGCCCCAGUUUUGAUGUGCAACUCAAAGAUCUAGAAAAAUGGCAGAAUAACCUGUUCCUGUCCCAUCAGUUUGGUUUCAUUGUACUGACAACCUCAGCUGGCAUCAGGGACCCUGAAGAAGCCAGACGAAAACACAUAGGAGGGAAAAUCCUGGAAUUCUUUUUCUAGGGAUGUAAUACAUACGUUCAAAUAUAAUGCCUCAGUGCUUCAAAUCUUCUAAAGGUUACUUCUCAGUUUCUAUAGGAUACUUACGUUGGAAACGUGGUUUCCAGCCCCGUUAAUAAGAUUUGUCAUUUGCAUUGUUGUCUGUUGCAAAAGUGAAGGCAAGUAGGGUGUGGUUUUGCUCAUUAUCCAUCUUCU